CCGUCAGAUAAGAGGGCUUCAGUGAUGAGGAAAUGGCCAAAGUUUAAGUUUGUUGAAAAGUUCAGAUCAAAAAGUUCAAGUCUCUAAGAUCAAAAGUUCAAGUCUCUAAAGUUUGAUGAUGUCGGUGAACAUGGUGUCUGACAUCAGUCCAGCAGGGGGAGGAAGAGAGCCACAUUCUGCCACAGUGGGAGGUAGUAAACCCCUGCACCGCUUCAUAAGAGGGGAGCCGAAGAGUAUUGGGAUUGUAAUGCUGUUCAUGGGCUCAUCACUCUUCAUCUUGGCGAUUCCCAUGAGAAUGGAUCCACUGGAGUCCUCUGCGGAGAAUUUCACCUCUUUUUGGCUAGGAAUCCUGUUUAUCAUCUGUGGGCUGUUAUACGUGCUCACAGAGAAGAAUACUUCAAAACAAUUGGUGACAGCAAGCCUGGCCCUUAGCAUCAUCUCUAUAUUGGGGGUCACAGUGGCUUUCUUUGAAUUCCUUAAAGGCAUCCUGAAUUUGCAGUAUUACCAUUACAGCUAUUAUCAUUCCUACUAUGAUGACAUCACAAACUCUACCAGAGAUGAUGUCCCCUGGCGUAAACAUCAUACGGGCCAGUUGCGCAGCCUUGAGGCUGUAUUCAUGUAUCAGAGCUUAGUGGGAAUGGUGUUCCUAAUAAUGAUGACAGCAUUUGCCAGGGCUGCCUUGCGGUCCAGUAAGACACAGGCAAUUGUUGUAAUGAACAAUCUACCAUCAGCAGACUGAAUGAAGAAAAAGCAAGCAUUUUAUGACUGUCUCUGCCAUGAAGGAUGGAUAGAAAACUUGGAUUUAUUGAUAUAAAAUAAAUGUAUUCAAUGUGUAGAACAUUUCAUUAAAUCCACAUAUAGAAAUUGUCUUUGUAUACACUUUUCAUUUCUACUUUGAAAUAAAUGUAAUAAAAUAAAAUAAAACAUCCAUGUAAUACAAUAGA